AUGAUAAUCGUUGGCCUGGAAGAUGUUAGAAAAAAGGAAAACAGCUUACUGGAAGAAGAUACGACUAGCGACAUCACUGAUGUAGAUGAGCAGUCCACAACACUACAUACAAGCUCACAAGAACAAUCUGCCAUCGAGAGCAAGCCCAACAUGUUGAUUUCACUUUUAAAUGGGAAUCAAAGACCUAAGAGAGUUGUCGAGAACACAAAUAUUUGCGAGUCCGUUGAUGCAUCUAUGCAACCAUCGGAAACUUUUCAGAACCCGAAAGCAUUACUAACUGAAUCUGUUCUGAUAAUGUCAAUAUUGAAUGGGAACCGCCAAAAGGAAGAACCAGUGGAAAAAAAUGAUAACAGUACUACAAAUACGGAUACGUUGUCGAUAAACCUUCCAUUACCCUCACAGUCCAGUAUGACCCUGAACGACACGGGCGGAUCUAGCAUGCUAAUGUCUGUGCUUAAUGGAAACAAAAAGGUGCCAAAAAUUUCGGAACAUGUGGAGCAGAAUGUUCCAAAGGUGGCUCCAAACACAAAGACAUUAGAAGACAUGGUUUACUCCAAAGUCAAAUCCACGACGGUGAAGGAUUUACUUGCAACCUACAACAAAAAGUUUGACGGGAAGGUUGUAAUAAGAUUACCGCCAGCACACCUACAAAAAUUACAGAGUGAACUAGUUGAUCAUGAGACGUCAAGCGAUCCAAUGGGUUGUCGAUCAAACAAGGAACUAGAGUCCAGAAUAUUCUCUAGGGCCAAGCUGUUGUCGGCGCGAGACAUAUUCAAUAACUUCAAGCGCAAAAGUGACAAUACCAAUCCCCUCAGCUUGAAAGUGACAUUGAAAGUAGAUCGUAAAAAAUUGGCCAAGGUGAGCUACUUUGUGACAAAGGGAAAUAAUAGCAAUGGAAAGUCUUGCAAGAAUUUGUUUAGUGAAAUGAUGACCGCUAGCAGGAAUGUCAAGAUGACUCCACUUCAAAAGGCAAAGAAGUUGAAUCCCCCCUACAUGAACAAAAGCGAAUUUCACGUAUUUGAUGGCUCAUGGGAUAAAGUGGAACUUAAAGCAAGAAAAAAUGUGCAUUUAGAAGAUCAUUUUGGGCCUGUACCUGCUUUGCAAAGAGAAGUGGAACCUGAAUGUUACAUUUACGAAACAAAAGAGGUCAACAAAAAGGAAUAUGCCUUGAAGAAGCUACCGUGUCUUCAAAAGACUGCACCUCUCAAUGCGAUAUUCGAUCUUCUUGACAAUGAUUCUGGGAAGCAAUUGUGGGUUGAUAAAUUUAGACCCAAGAGCACUCAAGAUCUUUUGAUGCAUAGACAGAAUAUCGAGUUGAUAACCAAUUGGAUCAAAGACUCAUUCGGGAAGAUACAGACACAAGCUCCCGUGAAGAAUUUGAACCGAAAGUUGAAGAAAAGGCGACUAGAUUCAUUCAUUGUUUACGAGGACACCGAGGAGGAAUUUUCACUGCCAUUCCUUAUCAUACAAGGUUCGAGUGGCUCUGGUAAAUCCACAGCAGUAUACACAGCAAUGAAAGAGCUAGAUGGAUACGUUCAUGAGAUAAACAGUGGAAUGGCUAGAGGUCGCAAAGAUAUCUACAACAACUUGAAGGAGUUGUCAACUACACAACUUGUGCAUGACACAAAGGACUUUAAACCAGGCUUGAUCUUUUUUGAGGAUGUCAACAUCCUUUUCGAACAAGACAAGACGUUUUGGCUGGUGGUGCAGGAUAUCAUAAAUGUCUCCAAACGACCAAUCAUCAUCACAUGUGAAGAGUUGUGGAAUAUCCCAAAGACUUUAAUUGAUUUUGCUCAAGAAGACGAUUCAAUCAUAUUCAUCGAUGAUCGUAUAGUUUCGAGGAAACUUGUGGUUGAUUACUUGUGGAUGUGUUGCUUGGUGGAAGGUUUUGAUGUUGGAGAUGAUAUUCUUGAGCAAAUUGUUGAUGAGAUGUGGAAUGGUCACAAUUAUGAUCUACGUGGGUGUCUAAUGAGUUGCGAAAUUAUGUGCAAAAAACGCCUGGACCAAUUGGUGGUGAUUAGAAAAAGGGCUGAUGAAAAUUCACAAGUUGUGAGUGACCUAGAAGAAAAGGCAUUCCACUGUGAGUUGAAUUCAUGUGGAGAUGUCAUUAACAGUUGUCUCAAGUCGCAAAUUCCACAAGCUGCAGGCGACAAUGAGUUGAUUGAUAUUUACUGCGUUGAUGAUUCUCAAGGAUAUUUGCCGUUUGAGCUUAAUAUAGGAAAUGAGUUGCAAAUGAUUUCGAAAAACAAUCAAACGCUUCCAGCUCCCAAGUUUACAUUCAAUGACUUGCAAUUUGAAUGUCAGCAAUUUAUCGGCUCACGAAGCAAAAAAUUACCAAUUUACUACUAUCAAGACUUUGAGAAGCGGGCAACUCGUUCCAGUAGCGAUAUUGUUGAACCCACAACAGGUAUACCGGAAACCUCAUUCAUUUACAACAUUUCGCCAUCACCGUUUAUUCUCGAUUUGUUACCAUUCACCAGAGUAUGGCAAGCGUUCCAAACACAGCUUGACAUAUAUGAGACCAAAACUUUGAAUGAAGAAAAACCGAGUUUGAAAAAGUUUCUACAAUAUCGUGACUUCCAGCACAAGUCGACGCUUAAUGGAACGUUACAAUUAGGAUAG